UUGGGAUUAUCUCAAAGAAGCUACAUUGACAGGGUACUUAAGAGGUUUGCAAUGGAAACCUGUAAGGAAGGUGAGUCACCUAUGUCAAAAGGAGACAAGCUGCAUUCUGGACAAUGUCCUAAGAAUUCAUUGGAAAAGAAAGAGAUGGAUAAGAGACCCUAUGCAAGGUUGGUUGGGAGUCUCAUGUACGCUCAAGUGUGUACUAGGCCUGAUAUUGCAUUUUCAGUUGGUGUGUUGUCAAGAUAUCAGUCCAAUCCAGGGAAUGAACAUUGGGUUGCAGGUAAAAAGGUGCUUAGAUAUUUGCAAAAGACUAAAAAUUAUAUGCUAGUAUAUAGAAGGGUUGAAGAUCAGGAACUGGAAGUAAUUGGUUACACAGAUUCUGACUAUAAGGGUUGCAUUGAUGAUCUAAAAUCUACUUCAGGAUACAUUUAUAUGUUGGCAGGUGGUGCAGUCUCAUGGAGAAGUGUAAAGCAAUCUCUAACAGCUACUUCAACUAUGCAGGCUGAAUAUGUAGCCAUUCAUGAUGCCACUGGACAAGCCUUAUGGCUUAGAAAUUUCUUGAAUGAAAUCAAGGUAGUGGAUUCAGUUGAGAGACCUUUGAAAAUCUACUGCGAUAAUGCAGCUGCAGUGUUCUUUGCUAAGAACAACAGAAGGUCAACAGCUUCAAGAAAUAUAGAUGUGAAGUAUUAUGCAGUUAGAGAAAAUGUGAGAAACCAUGAGAUAGAAAUAAUUAAGAUCGGUACUCUUGCUCAACUUGCAGACCCGCUCACAAAGGCCAUUGCAGUAGCAUCUUUUCAGUCAAUUGCAGAUUGACUGAGUUCAGGAACAAGUUGAAAUCCAUGGCUAGUCCAGCGCGCACUUCAUGGUUGCUAUAUCUGGUUUAAGUGGCAUUCUUGCUGUGUUAAACAUUGAUAGUCCAAGUGGGAGACUGUAAGAUUAUUUGGACUUAUCAAUGUCAACUUAAAGAACAAGCAACUUGCUACUCUUGAGGCAGAACAAGCAAUUGGACUCGUCAUUGAUAUUUCAAUUAGGAUUCUCAGUUUAUUGAGGGAACAACAUACAUAAUUGAUCAUACCUCACUGCAUUAGGUUGUGUACGUGAAUCAGGAAUGUUGUUCCUAUUGCUAAUCGGUAUAGGAAACCUUUAUGGGAAGGUACCUAGACUCGUUGGCCUAUAUAAGGAACCACUUGGUCCCUGCUCUAGCUAUCAUUACCUGCAUCUGAGAUUACAUUGCU